GUUGUGUCAGCUUCACGGUUUCCUCCUGAUGCAGGUUCAGUGUUGCUCGUCCUGAUCGAAACCCUUUCUCUCUAUAACACGGCCGCUCAUCUGAACGCUGUCCGUUUCUGUCAGCGCCGCGUGGAAAAGACUUGUCCUCACAUUUAAUCGUCUUAGAGAGCUAGUAAACGAACGAGCGGUUUUAAACGAUGAGACAUAUUCGUGAGUAAGACGCCGGUAGCGGUUAGCAUUAGCUUAGCUUCAUGAACACCACAGCAGUGUCGCGUUAGCUAACGCUCAUUAACGCGACACAUGACUAAUAUCACACAACAUGCGUCUUUGACACGGCGGACAUAACGAUUUAGAUGUACAUAGACAUAGAUGAGCCAGCUCAGGCGUCAUCUGCGUUAUUUAUUCAGAUGUAAUAGCUGUUUCGAGGUAGCUGAGGUAGUGGAUUAGCCCUAGUGCUGAGGAUGGAGGCUCUUCGUGGAGGUGUGUGUUUACUAGGAUUUGCCAGUCUCACACAAGCUGCUCCUGUCUCAAAUACACACGCAGCAGAGGCUGCUGGAUUCGUGGAUUUCUCUCUGACCGUCCCGCUGCUGUUGUCUCUGGCUGUGUCCGUGGCCCUUCUGGUACUGCUGCUCAACUGUGCUUCCUGCUGCAAAGAGCAAGAGAUCAACUUUAAGGAGUUUGAAGACCACUUUGAGGAUGAGGUUGAUUUCACGCCCCCAGCGGAGGACACGCCCUCUAUGCAGUCGCCUGCGGAGGUUUACACCCUCGCUGUUCCACCUGUGCCCCUCCCUGGACCACCUCACCUCCAGAUGCCCCGGAUAACAGACGUCUCAUCAGGUCCUCACGUUGCACGACACUCUCUCAGUUACAUUCAGGAGAUCGGGAGCGGCUGGUUUGGAAAGGUUCUGCUUAGUGAGAUCUAUGUGGACCCUGGAGUCGCCCGAGCGGUGGUCAAAGAGCUGAAGGCCAACGCCAGCUCCAAAGAGCAGAAUGAGUUCCUGCAGCAGGGAGACCCGUACAGGGUUCUUCAGCAUCCCAAUAUACUGCAAUGUCUUGGUCAGUGUGUGGAGGCCAUCCCUUUCCUGCUUGUUUUUGAGUAUUGUGAACUGGGGGACCUGAAGAGUUACAUAUCUCAGAACGAGUGGCUGUACAGGAAUGGAGAACUGCUACAGCUGCAGAAAAUGGCCUGCGAGAUCGCUGCUGGGGUCACUCAUAUGCAUAAACACAACUUCCUGCACAGUGAUUUGGCUUUGAGAAACUGCUAUCUCACAACAGACCUGACGGUCAGAGUAGGAGAUUAUGGCAUUGGCCCUUCCUGUUUUAAGGAGGACUACAUCACCACAGAGGACGACCAGUGUGUGGCACUGCGCUGGCUUGCCCCUGAGCUGAUUGGUGAGCUGCAUGGGGGUGUGAUCACAUCAGAACAGACUAAACCCAGCAAUGUUUGGGGACUUGGUGUGACAUUGUGGGAGCUGUUUGAAGGGGCAAAGCAGCCGUAUCCUCAUCUGUCAGAUAGAGAAGUGCUCCACCAUGUGCUCAAGGAUCAACAAGUCAGACUUCUCAAGCCACAGUUGGAUUUACCAUACUCAGAAAGAUGGUAUGAGGUUCUACAGUUUUGUUGGCUGCCUGCAGACAAGAGGGCCACUGCUGAAGAGGUCCACCGCCUGCUCACUUACCUCCGUAUGCAGGGUCAGAAAGAUGUGGAGGAUGACUUUGAGCAGCGCUGGAGCUCCCUUAAACCCAAUCCAACCACUCGUCAAGCCACUGUCAGUCAUUCCUCCUUUCCCAUCCUCGAGCAGUUUGAUGAAGGGCGAGAACCAGACGAGAUGCUCACAGUCACCGAAACGAGUCAUGGGCUAAGUUUUGAAUAUGUGUGGGAGGCAGCCAAGCAUGACCACUAUGACAGCCACAAUCGCUCUGCCAUGGACACUACUUUGAAUUACCACAGUAUGUUCUUUCCAGUGCCACGGCAAGAUAUUCAGGCUCAUUUCCCUGACACUGUAGCGCAAGCAGAAAACGGCAGAGUCACGGAAACCUUGCCAGUGUUUGAUGCACAUAAAGCAUCCUCUGGAAAUGACUACUUUAUUAAGUUGGAGGAGCUAGAUGUAAACGAUAUUGGUAUGGGGGAAAGUCAGGGUGCUGAAGGUACCUAUGCUUCAGAGGAGCAUCAUUAUGAAGUCUUACAGGACGUCCGAUUGGAUGAAUCCAGUACAGAUGCUGAUUUCUUCCAUCAGAGCAUUGACUCAAAAGACUCUUUCCUUCAGGACAGCCACAUAUGGUCCUCAAGUGAACAUGAGAGCCCUUACCAAACUAACAUCUUCAGUGAGGGUGAUGCAAAACUGGAAGAUUCUCAUUCAUUCACGGGAGGUUUUAUGGAGCUCCCAGAGAUGAAUGUACCAAAGAGGGAUUCUGAUGGUACCAAUGGGAAAGAGUCAAGUGACAGUUUUCAGAAGUCUUUUUUAGGGGUAGGACCAGAAGCCAUUCAUCUGGAGAUCUCUGAUCAGGAGAGCUCAGAUGUAAAUAAGCUUCUUAAUACUGAGAAACUGACUGAAAACUUCUUGUUUCUUAAAGAUAACAACCUAUUGAAGGACAAGUCCCAGUCUGAAUCAGAAAAUAUCCAGGAGACCAUGAGCUCCAUCAUUGAGACUGAUGUCUCAGAUAGUGUAAACCUCACAGGUGAGUCUUUGAAAUCAGCCGGGAAUUCUGCGCAGCUUAAGGAUGAACUCUUGGACUUAUUCAGUCCGAUUUUAGAUGAUUUUCUGUCGCCUUUGGAAGGAAACGAAACAGUGGUGCCUUUUGAUAUAGUAGUAACAGGACAAACCUGUAGCAAUCACCUGCCAGACACAAAUGGCUCUUUGCGUUCCCCAAAAUCUGGGAAUUACUCCUCUUCUGAUUCUACCUCUGACAGUGUUGAGGUCAUUGUUGACAGUCCACCUGAAAGUCAUCAGUCCCUUGAAAGUGCCAAUACACAGCAUAUGUGCAUAGAUGCCAAACCCCCCAGCCUUGAAGAAUGCUUUGAAGCCUUGAAGGAGAAUGGUCAGUAUCGAGGAAUCAGCGAUGCAGCUGAGCUUAGAUUUAGUACUUUACCUGCUGGUGAGUGUACAGAAGGUGGCCUCACUGAAGGUCUAACAAGUAGCGACUCAAUGAGUGAUAUAAUAGAGCUGGACAAGAAGACCGUCAAUGAUAUUUCACCAUCAGAAUCCAUUGAUCAAGAUCAAGAAACUUUAUUGGACAACCUUGAAACUCAGGACAUGUCCUCACUGUUGGUGUCAGAUGUCUGUCUUGACCAAAUAAGUCAGGACAGCCUUCUUGAUGAUAGCACAUCUUCCACUAUUCCAACCAUUGAGAAUUUGGCUGAAACGCCAGAUUCAUUAGAUUCUUUGGAAAUGCAUAAGGAUGUGGUGCAGGGACAGUCAUUGGAAAUGCCUGUUGAUAAGCUUCAACCCACGUACAAAGCAGCUGACAGUGGGUAUGAAACAGAAAACCUGGAGUCACCCGAGUGGAACUGUCAAACAGACUUGAGGGAUUCCUCAGAGGAGAAUGAGAUGGGAAGUGCCGAGGAGCCUGUGGGACUGGUUCCACCACAAAUUAUCAUUUCUGAGGUGGACACUGUACCUGAUGAUCAGGUGAAUGGUGAUAGAGUUGAUUUACCCUUAGGUGGAAACUACCGAGACUCUGCUUACUUCUCAGACAAUGAGGAACUAGAUAAGAAGAGUGAUGAAAUCAAUGGAAGCCCUGGAGAUGCUUCAUUUUGUCUCCAGAAUAAUCAAGAAGCUGAUGAAAGUCAAGGAACUGAAGCUAAUGAGGAGCAUUCAGUGUCCGAGACUUCCCCAGAACCCAGUGAUGGCCAGGCUGUUCUUCCCGAGUUGGUUCUAACCAAUGAGGAAGAUUGGAGCCAGGAAAAAUCAUUGACUAUCGAUGGCUCAGACCAAACUCAUCCCCAUGCGGCCCCAGAGCAUGCAGCAAAAACCACUACCUCAGUGCAGCCCUCAAUGGUUCAUGCAAAACUAACAAGAACGUAUGCUGGGGAGAUAACAAAGAAGAAGGAGCCAGAUAUGGAGGGGAGAUACUUAGGCAAGAUUGAUGGAUCUUCACUGGAAUAUGGCAACGAGGAUGGGAUGGAUGCUGAUGAAGAAGAUGAGAACAGUGAUGAGUCAGAUGAGGAUAUGCGUGCCUACCGAUUACACAGCUCUAGCUCUGAGUGCAGUGAGGAUGAUGUUGUGCACCCAGUACCUGUCAUCAUCUCGGACAACAGCAGUUCCCUCAACCUCAAAGGCCUGCUGAAACCCAGAUCUCUUCAGACUGCUGAAACAACAUCAGUAGAGGGCAGCAAUGGAGAUAAUAGACGCGGAGUGUCAUUCUUUGAUGAUGUCACCGUCUACCUUUUUGACCAGGAAACCCCAACAAAGGAACUCGGUGAGAAUACUAUUGAUCCCAGUAGUCAAUUGUCUGAUUUCAGCAGUCCAGUGGCCUCCUCCAGCUACCUUAAUAGAUUUACCAACUCCGAGAGUUCCACUGAUGAAGAAGGUGGUGCAUUUGAGUGGGACGAUGAUUUCCCAUAUCCAGAGCCCAAUUUCCUUUCAAAGGCAGCCAGUGAUCAUUCUGCCAGUAAGCCUGCUGGGACUUCAGCAGCUUCUAAGUAUUUCUCACCACCCCCUGCGAACCGCUCCAUGGAGCAGAGCUGGAACAGUCCCUCCAACUACUCGCGCUUCUCCAUCUCCCCAGCCAGUAUCGCCAACUUCUCCCUCACCCACCUCACAGACUCCGACAUGGAGCAAGGGGGAAGCGGUGAAGACGGAGAGAAAGAUUAACCAAUCCAUCAGACUGAUAAAUACUGGAGAUAUGUCAUGGAUGUCUUUGAUUGCUUCUCAGGCAGCAUUGGUAUUUAUUUGAGGAUAUGAAGAGGACUGCAGAGACUGAGCUGAUGUGUGGAUUUCAAUGAACUAUGAUUUGCUACGUUUUUCAUCAGUGCAAUUCGGAGGAACCUUGCUUCACAUAUGCUUUAGAAACUAAGUGCCAUGCCUCACCUUUUUUUUCUUUCGCUACAUGCAUUUUUCAUUGUGUCCACAUUUUAAACCAGAAGGAUGAAGCUGAAGUUUAUCACUCAACACUAAUGAGCCAAUAGAGUCAAACUCAGUUGUGCAAUUGAAAGCGUAUAAUACUUGCCUUUUAUUUUAAACACUGGAUUAUAUUUUAUUUUUUUAUGUAAAAUCUAGUGUGAAAAGCUUAUUUAUAUGAUCGUGUAAUGGAUUACAUUUCCAGUAGAAGCAACAUGGGUCUCCACAGAUAUUUUUGUACAGUGUUUGUAACUUCUCGUUCAUUGCAUCAAACCACUUUCACCCAAGCAUCAACUCACAUGCUUUCAGUGACAUGCUUCAUAUUAAAAUGAUAUGGGCAGCUGAAGGGUUUUGGAAAGUUUUUUAUCGAGUACAAAGUGGAUCUAGAACAUAUCCAAGUCAUAUUUCACCCCGAAAUCAAAAGAAACAAAAACCUAUUAAAGAAAAUGAAGCCUAUUUUUACAAUCACAAUCAAGUUUUUUUCAUAAUGGCAUUAUUUUCAUGACAGUUAUGCAUAUUUCGCCCCACAAAUUCUUAUUACCGUAAUGUGAAAACGAGUAAUGUCAUACUCAAAUUGUAAAGUGUUUGUAUUAUAAUGGUAGUUUUGUUUUACUGAAUUGAAAUAUGAAUGAUAGAAUUGUGGUAAUGAUGUUAAUAUUGAUAUUUUGCUAAAUAUAUUAUUUUUAUCUCUAGAUUUUGGAUCGAAAUGUGAUUCAGAUACUUUUUGUGAGAUUUAUCAUUGGUGGUUAAUUGAACUACAUGUUCAGCAAGUAAUUAUGAAAGCUCUGGUGGUCAUAGAGGCUAGCUAGCAGCUAGCAGAUCUUCCAAAGGCAAUGGCUGCUUGUAGCAUUGAGUAGGAAUACUAUUCAAAGGAAAACAAAAGAACCUCUUUCAGUUUCUGAUUCCCUUGUGUUAACAUCAAAGAGCAGCGUUUAAACACUCAAGGGAUGGGAAACGAUUUAGUUUUUUCUUUUUCUUUUUGGUGCGCAUGUAUUAUUCAUUGGACCUGAAAGGUAAUCGUCAUAGGUUGUAUGAAUCAUAUUUGCCAAUCUUGCUGCUCAUGAUGCUUUUUCUUUGGGUUGAGAAUGAAUGACAGAUAUAAACUAAUGUAUAUAGUAGAAAUCCAGGGGAUUCUACACAAUCGGCAAGAACAUUUUAUUGAAUAUUUUUCAGUCUGGAAGAAUGUUGAUUUUGGUAUACUCAAGAAGAUGUUGCAUAAAUGGGUUUUCGCUGGAAUAAUCGGGUGCAUAGCUUCUACAUCCUCUUGUAAUUCAGUACAGUGAUUUCUGUUUUAGACCUGUUGAAUAUCUGUAUUACCAGCACUCGAUUUCAGUUCAACUUGACAUUUUAUGAAAGGAGAGUCUUUGGUUAUAUUCUUCAGUAUACUUUGCUUAAUAUUGCACAUCUUUUAAGUGUAACUUCAUGUUGAAUUGUUCGCCUGUAUAUAAGUUUCAUUUUGUCUGUAAAUUGGGAACGAUGUGAGUAGGUAUGAGGAAUGAUUUUGUGAUUUAAAGUUAAAAUGUCGGGGGAGAAGUUAUCGAAAAAGACUAAUUAUUGAUUAAAUAAAUGGGGAAAUGCAGGUCAUCAUGUCCAUAUAACUUGUAAAAAAAAAAAAAUGCUGAUAUUUUUACUUCAUAUUGAUGAUGAUCAUGCCUAGUGUCAUUGAAGGAAUGGUUUAUAAUGAAUUGCUCUGUUUGUUAUGGAAUUAAAUGACAAUGAACUUC